AUGUCCGAGUUCAAAUUGUACCAUUACAACCCGUCUGUUGGUUCUGCUAUCGCCUUUGCAGCAGUCUUUGGACUCACUACUGUCAUACACAUCUGGCAAUUAGGCCGGAACCGAACCUGGUACUUCAUACCAUUUGUUAUCGGUGGUGCAUUCGAGGCGUUGGGUUACUUAGCGAGAUAUGCCAGCGCAGAGGAAGCCCCGAAUUUCACCACCAAGCCAUAUAUUGCACAGAGCUUGAUGCUCCUGUUAGCACCCGCAUUCUUUGCGGCUUCUAUAUACAUGAUUCUCGGUCGUAUCAUUCGUUUGCUGAACGGGGCCUCGUGUUCACUGGUCAGGCCAUCAUGGUUGACCAAGAUAUUUGUGACGGGUGAUGUCUUGUCAUUUUUCAUCCAGAGCGGAGGAGGUGGAAUGCUCGCUACCGCGAAGGACCAGUCGAAAGUAAAACUUGGAAACAACAUGAUUGUCGUCGGACUUUUCGUUCAAAUCUUAUUCUUCGGGUUCUUUAUCGUUGUUUCUGUGGUUUUCCACCGCCGCAUGCUAGCCACGCCCAUGCACGCUGCGGGCGACACUCGAAUUCCCUGGAACCGCUACAUGAAGGUCCUCUAUACCGCCAGUGUCUUGGUCCUCAUCCGAUCGAUCUACAGAGUGGCAGAAUAUGUCCAGGGCAGUAACGGAUUCCUUCAAAGCAAAGAGGCAUUCAUAUACGUAUUUGAUGCGGCCUUGAUGUUCGUUUGCUGUCUGCUUUUCAACUUCUUCCAUCCGAGCAAGAUUCUCGCGGGCUAUCGCAAAACCCAAGGAGACCCCGAUCUAGAAAUGUUGAAUCAUGGCGGACCUACCGAAUAUACCGGACAAGGCAGAUACAACAACAUCUAA